UAUAUCAUUUAUUCAUGAUGUAAAAUGUUGAUUACCGAUUCGUACAUUUAGCUCAUUGUUUUACGAAAUAAUGAAACGAAUCGAUUAAAAAAUGGCUUUCAAAACUUCUUUAUCGUGUGCCUGUAAUGUGUUUUUCAGACAUUUUAGUCGAACAACUCUAAAAUCGUCACCAAUAACUCAACCAAAAUUCCCUGGAGCAAAAACAUCAUGGACCGAGAAGCUCCAAUUCACAGAACCAUCUCAGUACACUCCAAUUCCAGUCUACAGGGUCAUGGAUAGAACUGGAAACAUUCUGGAUGCUACACAAGAACCUCAAAUCAAAGACGAAAUUUUACUUAAAAUGUAUAAAGAUAUGAGCGUUUUAAAUGUAAUGGAUAAAAUUCUUUACGAGUCUCAACGCCAGGGCAGAAUCUCAUUUUAUAUGACCAACUAUGGAGAAGAAGCCACGCAUAUUGGAAGUGCCGCUGCUUUGACUCUAGAUGAUUUAGUAUACGGACAAUAUAGAGAAGCUGGAGUUCUAAUGUAUCGAGGAUUUAGUUUACAGGAUUUUGUAGAUCAAUGCUACGGCAAUUCUGAUGAUAAAGGCCGAGGCAAGCAAAUGCCAGUACACUAUGGCAGUAAAGAUUUAAAUUUCGUCACUAUUUCUAGCCCUUUGACAACGCAAAUGCCACAAGCAGUUGGAUCGGCUUUUGCUUUAAAAGGCACCAACAAAGUUGUAGUAUGUUAUUUUGGAGAUGGGAGUGCUUCGGAAGGUGACGCACAUGCUGCCCUGAACUUUUCUGCUACUCUGGAAUGCCCAGUGAUAUUUUUUUGCAGGAAUAAUGGCUAUGCAAUAUCAACUCCAGUUAAUGAACAAUAUAGAGGCGAUGGUAUUGCUGGUAAAGGCGUUUCUUAUGGUAUUAAUACUUUAAGAGUUGAUGGUAAUGAUGUAUUAGCUGUUUAUAAUGUUACUAAAUUGGCCAAGGAGUAUGCUGUUAAAGAAAAUAAGCCUGUGUUAAUUGAAGCAAUGACUUAUAGGGUUGGAGAUCAUUCAACUUCAGACGAUAGUUCAGCUUAUAGAUCACCCAAAGAGGUAGCAGACUGGGCUACAAAUGAUUACCCGACCAAAAAGUUCAGAUAUUAUUUGGAAAGUAAAGGUUUGUGGAAUGGGGAUAAAGAAAAACAGUUGUUGGAGCAGACUAAGAAAGAUGUUAUGAGUGCUUUUAGUGUCGGAGAAAAGAAACUGAAGCCAAAGUGGACCGAAAUGUAUGAGGAUGUCUACAAGUUUUUGCCAGCUCAUAUUAGAAAACAACGAGAUUCAAUGGUUGAACACUUGAAAAAGUAUAAAGAACACUAUCCAAUUGAUUCUUUUCAGAAAUAGGGAAAUUUUAUCUGUUUUUAGUAAGGGUUGGGUCUUUUUUUAUCUUCUAUGUGUUUUAUACAAAUGACAAUGAUUUUGAAAAUUAUUUUUGUGUGUUAUUUACUAACAAAACCUAAGCUUCAAUAUAAAAAUUUAAAAAUAUA